CCUGUCCCCUCUAUAGACUUCUCCAAGAUCCACAGAGUGCGCUGGAAGAAGCUACUGGAGACUACCAACCCUAUAAGCGGCAUGCCAGAACGAGUCACUAUAGACGGGCUUCGUUAUAUGGACCCAGUAACGGAGAUCCCUGUACAAGGCAGUAACGAGAUCUGGCAUAUCAUCAACCUCUCGGCCGACGCGCACCCUAUUCACUUGCACUUGGUGCAAUUCCGGGUCGUUUCGCGUCGCGCUUUCGACGCCACGGCGUACCAGGCGAACAAGUGCUCCUUCACGAGCAAGAACCGUCCGUCGUGCUUCGUGGGACCGGAGAUGAAGGCGCAGAAACACGAGAUUGGGUGGAAAGACACAGUGCCUGCGCUUCCGGGUCAAGUGCUCACGUUCUGGGUCGGCUGGUAUGGCCAG